AUGGCGCUCAAAUUCAUUAAUAAAAACGCUAAAAAAGAUACGGACAUCAUACUUAGUCCAUUAUGUGUGCUUCAGCAUUUUACGUGUAAUUCACUCACUUGUCCAUUCCAUCAAGAACCAGUUGCAGAGACUGAGAAGCAUUUAUUCUGCGUGGAAAUGAUGAACCGCCUCAAUAUACAGAGGGAGAACGAGCAGUUCUGCGAUGUGAUUCUAAAAGUUGGCUCCGGCGACGAUCUGGCGUGUCUGAAAGCGCACAGAGUAGUGAUAUGUGCAGGAAGUCCGUUCUUUAACAAUGCUUUGAACAGUGAAAUGAAAGAAAAGAAAAAAGGCGUUAUCAGAUUGGAACAAACCAGCAAAGAGGUGAUGGAGGAAGUUUUGAAGUAUAUGUACAAAGGACAUGUAGAUGUGAGAGAAGUAGUCGCCUGUGAUUUAUUGGCUGUGGCAGACUACCUCAUGAUACCAAGCUUGAAGGAUUUGUGUGCACAAGUUAUUUUACGAGGACUGUCUCUGUCCCACUGCGUUGCAACUUACCAUUUAAGCGUGAAGUACCAGUGCGAAGAGCUCAUGAAAGGCGCGAGGGUUUUCAUUCUAGAAAACUUCGUCACCGUAGCGAAAACGGAAGACUUUCUAAAUUUGAGCAAAAGGAAAUUCUUGUAG